UAAUAGCUUUUGCUGUUUGACAUCUGUUUCCCAGGAGACUCUGGGAAUUGCAGGGGCAGCGUCCCCUACAGCAGCUGAGGGCUGCAAGGCUAGGUACCUGCUUGUGGAGUUUUUAUCCCGGGGCAAGCUGUGUGCUCAGACUUGACCAUGUUUGGGCAUGGAGGCUCGACCCAGAUGGGACUGAGACUGCUUCCCGGGAGACCAGCUGGGAGACCAAACUUCCUGUUAGAGCUCCCAGGCCUGACUUGGGGUGGGGGUGGGGGGCGAGUGGAGAGAAACCAUCUGCCAGCCAGCGGAGACCCAGAGAACUAAAUGACUGUUGCCUCCAGUGGCCAUGGGGAAGAAGCUGGUGAUGGCCCAGAAGCGCGGAGAGACACGAGCCCUCUGCCUGGGAAUGGCAAUGGUAGUGUGUGCCGCCAUCACCUACUACGUCUUGGGUACAACUGUGCUGCCUCUCUACCAGAAAAGUGUGUGGACCCAGGAAUCCAUCUGUCACUUGAUUGAAACUAAUAUCAAGGACCAAGAAGAGCUGGAGGGCAAGAAGGUGCCCCAGUACCCAUGCCUUUGGGUCAAUGUAUCAGCUGUGGGCAGAUGGGCCAUGCUGUAUCACACGGAAGACACUAGGGAUCAAAACCAACAGUGCUCCUAUAUCCCCAGGAACCUGGACAACUACCAGACAGCCUUGGCAGAUGUGAAGAAGGUCAGAGCCAAUUUCUAUAAGCACCAUGAAUUCUAUUGCCUUUCUGCACCUCAAGUCAACGAGACCAGCGUCGUGUACCAGCGCCUCUAUGGGCCCCAAGUCCUCCUCUUCUCCUUCUUCUGGCCCACCUUCCUUCUGACUGGGGGUCUUCUUAUUAUUGCCAUGGUGAAGCUCAACAGGUCCCUGUCCAUCUUGGCGGCUCAGAAGUAGGCCAGUCCCCUCUGUACCACAGCAUAGAGUCACCAGGAACUGCAGAGUCCCUAGCAAGUUACCCACCACUCUCUUCCUUUGUCUCCUAUUUCAUUUGUUCAACAUCUUUGGAAAGCUUGCUCAAGAAUGUGUAUCCCAUUCCCAGUGACUUUGGUGGACAAAAAAAUCUCCCAGUUACAGCUCCCCACCCUGACUUCAGUUGGUUCAUAUCUGUUACCUACCAAGAUGAUGAAUAUUGUCACCUCUAUCCAUAUGUGCUCUCUCUUAGAUACGCACCUAUCACAUUCAGGAUGUUGUCCUUGGCCAAAUUCAGCUUCUUUGAAUUGUCAUAAAAACAAUAGCUCCUAUUUACAGGGCAA